UUUUGUUUUUAGACUCGAGAGCAAUUAAUUGUAAAUUCGUUUAAAUUCUGUUUUUUUUUUUCCAUUGUUAAUUUGUAUCAUGGUUAGAUCUUAACAAUGAUGAUGAUGAUGGCGAUGAUGUUACUGCAUUCGUACGAUUAGGCAGGCGUUAAUGGGAAUUGAAGGUGCGGUGAUGAAGCAAAACUCGUCUUCGUAUCACGGUGGAUUUUUCCCCGUAUUCUUAGCCACGCAAUCAUUUUUUCCGUUGAGAAAUUUUGACAUACCCCAUGCCGAUAGGAAAUGUCGACCUCUAUUCAAUUCCCGGAUAACGCCGUUCAAUUCCAAUUGCAUUGCUUCGAAAAAUUUGUUCGACGCCCUCCUGUGAUUGCUGAGCUGCCGUUGUUUUUUCUGUUUAUUUUGUGCAUAUUUCCUUUUUCCUUGGAAUAUUUUGUUUGGCUGCUGUUGGUUGUUUUGGUGUUGGUUCUAAUGACUGGAAUGAGUUCUGGUUCUGGCUUGGGAAUGAAUACUGGUCCUGCGGUUGGGUUACCUUCUUCGAUAACAAAUGGAAGUGGGACAGGGGAAAUGCUAGGGUUUUCUGGCUGUGCUGUUCCUGAUGACGCGCAUUAUGGGGAGGUGGAUUAUGUGGAGAAAUGUACGAGGAGUCGAUAUGUCCGGUACAAGGAAGUCUUGGGCAAGGGUGCAUUCAAAACUGUCUACAAGGCAUUUGACCAACUUGAUGGAAUAGAAGUAGCAUGGAACCGAGUGAAAAUAGACAAUGUCUUGCGGUCACCUGAAGAUUUGGAAAAACUGAACUGCGAGGUUCAUCUUCUUAGUCAACUGAAGCAUGAGAACAUCAUCAAAUUCUACGAUUCAUGGAUUGAUGACAAGAAGAAGACUGUUAACAUGAUAACCGAGCUUUUCACAUCUGGUAGCUUGAGGCAGUAUCGUAGGAAGCACAAAAAUGUUGACAUGAAGGCUAUAAAGAACUGGGCAAGGCAGAUUCUCCGAGGUUUAGACUAUCUUCAUAGUCAAAAUCCGCCUGUCAUUCACAGGGAUUUGAAAUGUGACAAUAUUUUCAUAAAUGGUAAUCACGGAGAAGUUAAAAUUGGGGAUCUUGGCUUGGCAACUGUAAUGCAACAGCCUACCGCUAAAAGUGUCAUUGGAACCCCAGAAUUUAUGGCUCCAGAGCUCUAUGAAGAGAAUUACAAUGAACUAGUCGACAUAUAUUCCUUCGGACUGUGCUUGUUGGAAAUGGUCACUUUGGACUAUCCUUAUUCUGAAUGCAAAAACCCAGCACAAAUAUUUAGGAAAGUUACAUCUGGUAUCAAACCUGCUUCUCUUGACAAGGUGGCUUCUCUGGAGGUCAAAACAUUCAUUGAAAAAUGCUUGGUCCCGGCUUCUCAGAGGCUAUCUGCUAAGCAACUUCUUAAAGACCCCUUUCUUCAAUUAGAGCAAUCCAAAGAACUCGUUAAUGCUCUGCCACUAAUACCUGAUGCAGCAGCUCCUAGAUCCUUAAAUCCAGUGAAGCUUGGGCCCCGUUCUAUGGAUAUAGACACUGAAUAUAACCUGUCUGUAUCUACAGAGUCCAAUUUCGGUAGCCACGGUUCUUCGGUUCUGGAAUUUGAAAGAUCGCAUGGCAACAAUGAAUUCAGAUUGAACGGGAAGAAGAAUGAUGACAACUCAAUAUCAUUAACCUUGCGUAUUGCUGAUCAAGGUGGUCGAGUGAGGAACAUACACUUCCUAUUCUACCCAAAUUCAGACACAGCUAUUGCUGUUGCGUCUGAGAUGGUCGAGCAGCUGGAUUUAGCAGAUCAUGAUGUACUUUUUAUUGCUGACUUUAUCGAUUCCCUGAUAAUGAGGAUUUUGCCUGAUUGGAAACCUUCGUCUGGUAGUUCUUACAGUGGUGAGAGAUGCCCAAGUGGCCUAACUUUGACAUCAGAUCAAGGGUGUCAAACCGAGUCAGUAAUCAAGAAGCAUAACGAGUCUAAUUCCAGUAUGGAUCAUCAAAUUUGUUUGUCAAGUGAUGGAAAUGGAAAUAACUUGUGUGGGAAACCCAAUUCGGUGUCCCCCCCUGGUGACAAAUUUAAUGCAUCUCCAUGUUUGGAGACCACAUGGAAUAAAUUAUCACUGGAAUUAACAACUUGUGGGGUAAUGGGCGAAGAUUCUUCGGUGAAGAAAGAGAAGUUGUCUAAAUAUUACAGUGCCACUGUCUCUGAGAUGGAGUUUAGAGAUUUAUAUUAUGAUGAAAUCCGAAUUCAUGAAAAUGGAGGUGGCAACAUCGAAUGUCCUCCGGUUGACCAGUUUGAAGAAAGCUUGGAAAUGAUUUUCUCCGACAGGAAUAAUAAUAAUAAUAAUAAUAAUAAUAAUAAUAAUAAUAAUAAUAAUGAUUCAAUAGUGGGCAGCAUUGCAAGCAGUUGUUCGACUUUGAAUACGCAGGAGAGAGAUUACGAAGAGGGUGAUUUGAAGUCAGCAAAAAAAGACAAGGGGCAGGAGAGAGAUUAUGAAGAGAGUGAUCUGAAGCUGGAGCUUGAUGCCAUUGAAAAGCAGUAUCAACUGUGGAUUCAAGAGCUUUCUAGAAUGAAGCAGGAGGCUAUUGAGACGACCAGGAGAAGAUGGAUGACAAAACAGAAAGAGGCUAUUCUUUGAAAAAAGUGUUGCUUCGACCGAGAUUCUCAUUCUUCUCCGUUUUUUCUUUUUUUUUUUUUAAAUUGUGUUUUGGGUUGCGAUGGAUUUACGAAACUUCCUUCAUUGGAUGUAGCUUCCUUCCUAGAACUGUUUGCGUUUUCAAACAACAUUGUUUAUAGGAGGUGAAGACUAACUAUCCUAUCUUCGGUUGAGAAUUGUAUAUAACUGGUCAUUUCUUGCUACGCUUCCCAUUGCCAAGCGGAUGGUUGAAUGUUAGGCUAUGUUUGGUUACAUUUUA